GCGGGAGAGGGCGGAGGCAUUGGAGAGACAGAGAUUGGCAGAGUAUAUCGUGUGGAGGAAGAGAGAGGGCUUCCAGGAGAAGAGUAAAGACAGAGAGAAGGGAGGCAAGGGUGCAGAGAAAGGGAACGAGGCUGUGCCAGAAGUGAUCUGGAAGAGGAGAGAAGACGAGGAAGAGGGGAGGGAGAGAGCGAGGGCCAUUCAGAGAGGACAUGAAAUCAUUUGGAGGAAGAGAGAGAGGGAGUAAAAAGAGGAAUCCGCUGAAAGAUUUGAGAUGCCCUUGAGAAGUAGGUGUUUAAGGGAAGCGUGCGACGUUGGAUACUAGCCAUACGUCAGUAAGCCUCCUCUCUCUUCUUUAGCAGUUCUGGGCUUCAUUGAGCUCUGCAGGUGCUCACUGUACUAUCGACCAAUUGGAGACAAGCAUUGUGUGUGUGUGUGUGUGUGUUGCUGCCGUGCUCGUGCGCAGCCCCCUUACGAUCCCCUCGUUGGCUGCUAAUAGGAUUUUUAUGGGCCCGUGUCAAGCAGGAUAGAGCUGCCAAGGGGAGCCGCUUCACACAUGCACGCUUGUGCGCACGUCAGCACACACAUACACUGAUAAUCUGAGAAGCAUUGUGGGAAGGGAAGGUUUAUACUGCCUCACGCAUGUAAACACAUCAAGCGCGCACCCCUCAGUGCAGUAGGACACAUAUGCGAGGGGGGCGUUGAGAGACAAUCACUUGUGUUGAUUCUCCAUGGUGCUGCCAACAGCUGGAUAGCCGGCCCUCGCUGAGAGGCUAUUAAGUCGGGAGAAGAUACUCACAGAUAUUGUUUUACAUUAUGGCAAAAACACCAAGUUGAACACUUUCUGGAGAGCUAAGACCGUGACAUCAUCAUCAUCAGUCCCUGGGAACACAAUGAACUGUGAUGCAGAUUUAAAAGUGAACUGACGACAACAUGAUCCGCUCUGGUGCACUACUAACAAACUUUUUUCAUCUGCAUUCCACCUUUAACUGGGACACCCCACUUUUCCUCUCCGCCUCCCCUCAUUCUGCUCUCAUUGUGGGUGAAGCCGUUUUUAAAGCAGUUUGGUUUCGGCCGCCCGGUGAUGAGCGGAGGACAGACAAGCAGACAGAUGGAUGCGGCUCUUAUGCAGAGGGAGACAGACAGAUGGCUGUGUGUCCUUUUCGAGAGAAACUUUGAAUACUGAGACAAAGAGACUUUGAUUGAAUCACUAGAGCCUGUGUGGACUUGUGCGGAUACAAAAACUGACGCUGCAGAUUCAUUAUGGAGCUUGUCCCAAAAACCAAGUACACCCACUUUCGGAGUGAAUCGCUGAGCUCGACUGAUGAAACAAACUCCAAUCCAUCACCGUUCCCUCCUUCCAGUCCCGCCACCCCGCUCACUCCCUCCCCCGGGUUACCUUCCUCUCUCUCCUCCUCGUCUCUCACUCCCAUCUUGCCCCCCUCUUCUCCCCGCCCGGCAGAGAACAGCCCCACCACCCUCUGCUCCUUCUUCCCCAGGAUGGGAUCCCUUCGCCUGGGUGUCUCUGCCACCCUUCUCCCAGGACUCAAGGCCUCGAGCAGGCCGCAGCAGCCUCAGGCGCCUGUUGAGUCCUCCGGGGACGACCGGAGCAGCUCUAGCUCCUCCCCUCCGUUUCAUCACCCAGUUCCCACUUUAACCGCUCCUUCUCCCCCUCCCCGACCUCCUCUGCAGGACAUGAACCGGCUGGGAGGGGCGUCCAGGAGGGCACGGGUGGAAGGAGGGCAGCUGGGAGGAGAUGAGUGGACGCGCCAUGGCUCCUUUGUCAACAAGCCCACCCGCGGCUGGCUGCACUCCGACAGUGUGGUCAGCACCACCGGUGUUUCCUACAGCGUACGGUACAUGGGCUGCGUGGAGGUGCUACAGUCAAUGAGAGCGCUGGACUUCAACACCAGAACUCAGGUCACCAGGGAGGCAAUUUCUGUGGUGUGCGAGGCCGUGCCCGGAGCCAAAGGAGCCCAGCGCAGGAGAAAGCCCUCCUCUCGCUGCAUGACCUCCAUCCUUGGGAAGAGUAACCUGCAGUUUGCCGGCAUGACAAUCAGCCUCACCAUCUCGACCAGCAGCCUCAACCUGCUGGCCUCUGAUUGCAAACAGAUAAUCGCCAAUCAUCACAUGCAGUCCAUCUCCUUCGCCUCUGGAGGAGACCCAGACACGGCUGAGUACGUAGCAUAUGUGGCCAAAGACCCAGUCAACCAGAGAGCAUGUCACAUCCUGGAGUGCUCAGAGGGUUUAGCCCAGGAAGUCAUCAGCACCAUCGGCCAGGCCUUUGAACUGCGCUUUAAACAGUACCUAAAGAACCCCCCUAAACUGGUCACACCUCAUGACAGAAUGGCUCCGUUUGACGGCUCUGCAUGGGAGGAAGAAGAUGAUGAGGCUGCUCCACCUCCCGACGUCCCUUACUAUAAUAAUUUUCCCGGAAAACAGCCUCCCCCUGGUGGACUGAUUGACAUGAGGGCCCGCCCAGGUGCCACGCUGCCGUAUGGACAGCCAGGUCAGAAUGACAUUCACAAGCAGCCUCUGCCGCCUUUACCAGUGGGUGCCAAAGAGGGGGGACGAGAGCUAUUUGAUGACCCUUCAUACGUCAAUGUGGACAAACCCCGCCCCCCGGUUGCAGCUAAUGGAAAUGCUCACAGAGAUGCUUUUGACAUGAAACCAUUUGAUGACGCCCUGGGAGUGUCCGGGCACGGUGGCCCGGGCUCGGUGACAGCAGCGCCCCCUCUGGUGCAGCAGCUGCAGUGCGAGGCCUGGUUCCAUGGUAGCUUAAGUCGCAGGGAAGCAGAGAGGCUGCUGACCCGCGAUGGGGACUUCCUGGUGCGAGAGUCCGGGACCACGCCCGGACAAUACGUGCUCACAGGACAGCAGGGGGGUCAACCCAAACACCUGCUACUAGUUGAUCCAGAAGGAGUGGUUCGUACAAAAGACCAUCGGUUUGAAAGUGUGAGUCACCUGAUCAGCUACCACAUGGACAACAGACUCCCCAUCGUAUCAGCCGGCAGCGAAGUGUGUCUGCAACAGCCUGUAGAGCGCCGGGCCUGACAUUACACACACCAAUGAAAUACUCCACCAAAUACACACACACACACACACACACACUCCUGCAGCAACUCAACACAAGACAAACAAGCCUCCAUUAUGCUACGAUACACACAGCAACACUACACUUUAUGUACACACACAUAUAUACAUGAACACACAUGUACACACCAUUGCAAAGAAAGCCAAAAAAAGAAAGAAGAAUCACCAGUUUCUCUGUAAAAUCAUUCACUUGCUGCUGUUGCCACAUAUUCCUGUCCUUUCUGAAAGCCAAACUGUGACCUGCAGUCUUCGGCCCCCCCCCCCCAACAACUAUCAGGUGCGUCCCUCCGCAACAGAGGAGCACUGCUGCAAUUUCUCCACAGCCUACUGUGAACGAAGGAGGAGCCCUUUCAGAAUAGGGCAGAAAAAAAUACUUUUUUACAGAAAAAAAAAUCCUACCAUGCAAUUUAUGAAAAAAAGGAACACUUUAUUAAAACAUGGAAUCUUGUGAAAAAAGAAAAGUGGAACUGAAAAGUGAAGACAGGAGCACAAAUGGGACAUUGGAGUGAAAUUUUCAGUGCUUUUAAGCAUGUGGGAAAUGAUUUCCCUCCUCAGACUGUUGCUGGAGCAUAUUUGGCAAAACAUAAACUGGAUGGCGAUGGUUCUUUGUUUGAGAGACUGAACUGGGCUCGAACAUAAACUCUCCCUUCACUGGAGCAAUUCAGCAGCAAACCUGACUUUGAAAAAAAAAAUCUGCCUGGUGAAUAUGCAUAAAAGUGUUUGCUUCCAAUCUUAUCAGGAGGGCCACCCUACCCGCAACCAUCUACUCCCCUUUUCAUGGACGUUUGGACUUUAACCCCUGGAGUGAUACCUGGUGUUGAUGAAAGCCUGUAUGCAAAACUGGGGGACUGCUAUGCCAAUGUUCUUUUAUUUUUCUGUUAUCUUGGGAUUCAUUACUUGUCGGACAUUCUGAGUUUAGGAUAACUGAAACAGCUGUAUCUCCCACAUCCCUCCUUAAACACAGAUGCACCUUUACACACACACACACACACACGCGGUCUGCACCACCUGUCAUGCCAAAGAUCAUGAACUCGGGCGCCAACAGCAGAGAAAGCCAUGACAAUUAUCAGCAGUUAUCUGUCUUGUGUGCUUACAGCAUUGGGGGUUUAGAUUUAGAAUUCAUAUUAAAAUGGGCCUGUUUUAGAGGGGAGGUUUAAAGUGAUUGUGCCUGAAUACAUCAACAAAAAGGAGGAUUUUUAAAGUGCGUCGAUGUCACCCACAAACACAAGAACGAGUACGUGUAGAGAGGCAGAGCAUUUUCACCUGUUGCUUUUCCUUAGUACGUGUUUGCACUGACAAUCUUUGGGUUAUAUCUUUAAAGAGGAUCCUGACUGAAUGAAAAGGAGAGCAUUUAAAGAGGAGGAGGACCCCUUUAAGCUUUGGCCGAUGAGAAAUGUUGAAACGUUAAAGGGACUAUACAUUAUUUAUCAGAGUGAGGGGGUGGUUGUGGUGGUGGCUGGGGUGUGACUUCGUUUUUUUCUCCCCGGAGCUACAAAUAUUGUUCUGUGACUCUCCCUGAGUGACUAGGGGAAAAUAAAUGACCCUUCCUUCAUCAUAGAUAACCAUAUUUCACUGUGGCUAUAAUAAAUGGUGUGGUAUAAUUAUUUUUAAAGAAAACGUGCAUUUAAAACCAACUUGUGGGUUUUGGGGUAUUUAAAAUAAAUACAAAAUAUAACCAUUUUAAGGUGAAUAGCCCUCCCCUAAGCUAAAUCACAAAAUAACUCUCUCCCUAGUGCUUAAAAAAAAGAAGAAAAGAAGUGCCUCCCCUGUUUUGCACAACCCCCUCCCCUCUCAUAAAUAACAAGCAGUCCCUAAGUGCGAUGAAUUCCCCUCUGCAAAAAAUGAUGCAAGAUAUGUCAUUGUAAUGGUUAGGUAAUUAUGUGUAUUGUGAUGUUGCUUUAUUUUUUAAUCACUUGAGGGAAUAUUAUCCUUUAAAAAAAAUUAAGUGGUUUUGGGGGAACAUGAGGACGUUAAUGUUUUUGGAGCAUUGCUAAGCCAAAUGGUGCUCCUCAGUGUGCUGUUUUCACAAACUUUUGAGGAUUCUGGGGGGGAGAAGUUCCCGUUAUUGUUUCUCCUUUCCUCUUCCUCCUCCCUCAGUUCAUGAUGUUGUUUUUUUUAUAUAUAUGUGUUUUUAUUGUGCCUUGUUUCUUCAAUGCAGUCACGUCACUUCAAUGCAGUCACCUUAUGUACUUAAUUCAAAUGUAGUGGACUACAGGAGAAUCUCACACAAGCCUCUCAGUUAAACAAAGACUCUGCAAAAACGACACUCCAAUAAACACACACAGACAGA